AUGGAGUUUUCGUUAUUACCUAAAAUAAUCAAUGGGGGUGUAGCGGGAAUUGUAGGGGUAACUUGUGUGUUCCCCAUUGACUUGACAAAGACACGACUACAGAACCAGCAGCCAGGACCCAAUGGCCAACUCCUCUACCGCAGUCUAUGGGACUGCUUUUCGAAAACGUACAGAAAUGAAGGUUUCGUUGGGAUGUACAGAGGGUCUGGAGUCAACUUGGUCCUGAUAACUCCAGAGAAAGCUAUCAAACUUGUGGGCAAUGACUUCCUUCGUCAUCACCUUAAAGAUGGAAGUACUGGCAAGCUGACGCUGCCUCGGGAGAUUAUGUGUGGGGCAGGAGCAGGACUAUUCCAGAUCAUUGUUACCACACCAAUGGAACUCAUUAAGAUACAGCUGCAGGAUGCUGGACGAAGUGCUCGUUUAAAUGUUUCCGCCAAUGGAGCAGGCACUGCAUCCAAGCUGACAGCCAUGAAAAUCAUCUCAAUGCUAUUGAGAGAAAAGGGCCUGACUGGUCUGUACCAGGGGUGUGCAGCCACAAUGCUGAGAGAUGUCACAUUUUCAGCUUUAUAUUUCCCUUACUUUGCUCACCUAAAUGCAAUGGGUAAACGAAGGGAAAACAGUACUGAAGCUGUGUUUUAUCAUACCUGUAUUUCUGGAAUAAUUGCUGGAGGCACCGCAUCCUUAUUUGUCAACCCCAUGGAUGUUGUUAAAACAAGACUACAGACUAUUGAAAAGGGAGCAGGAGAACAGACUUACAACGGCAUUGUGGAUUGUUUCAGGAAAGUGUACAAAUACGAGGGUUUAAAGGCGUUUUACAAAGGAGGAUUAUGUAGAAUUCUGGUCAUAGCACCCUUGUUUGGCAUAGCCCAAACUGUAUAUUAUUUUGGUGUUGGAGAGUUCCUUAUUUCGCAGAUCACUGGAAUUAAAGAUUAA